GAAAAAUGUCAACCCAGAACAAACGCGACUCCAAACCAAAGUCGCCCUCGUCGCCUAGGCCUAGUUCAAGGUUAGCAUCCAUUUACAGAGUAUAGUUCUGUCAUUCGAUCCGAUGAUACAACGAUACCAAACCACACCCUCAACAGCCAAUGCUAACGACGCAGCGUCCUCCUCCUCUCCCCCCAAAACGAAAUCCUGCUCCUUCACCGCGUCAAAACAUCCACCUCCUUCGCCUCCGCCCACGUUUUCCCCGGCGGAAACCUCUCUCCCCAAGACGGGCCGUGUCCGCCCAUUGAGGACCUAAAACGGCAUGACGAUGCGCCGUGGUAUCGCCGCGCUGCGCUUAGGGAGUUAUUUGAAGAGAGCGGGAUUCUGCUAGCUAAGGAUGAGAGCUCGGGAGAGAUGGUUACUGUGUCUGAGAAGGAGAGGGAAAGGGGGAGGAGGGCGAUUCAUGGGGGAGAGGUUGAGUUUGGGGAGUGGUUGGGUGGGCAGGGGGGUGCUGUGCCGGAUAUUGACAAGCUAAUCCCCUUCACCCGCUGGAUAACACCAACCAACGUCCCCAAGCGCUUCACCACGCAGAUGUAUCUCUACUUCCUUCCGCUCCCCGUCGCGCCCGAAUCUGAGAAACGCAUUUUGGAAGAACUCCCUGAAGGAGGAAAACCAGAACAAAUCCACCUCCCAACGAGCGACGGCGGCAUCGAAGUCACCGAAGCGCGCUUCCUCCCUGCGAGCGAAUGGCUGCAUCUCGCUAAAGCUGGUGAAAUCAUGCUCUUUCCUCCCCAGUUCCUUUUAUUACACCUCGUCUCCGAGAUUCUAGAUAAACAGCCCCGACCGGUUGAUUCGUCGCUGUCAUCACUGGAGGAAUUAGAGAAAAGACGCGCGGAAUUGGUAAAAUUCGUACACUCUGGUACUCCGCCGUGGAGAGAAAAGUGCAUUUCGCCCAAGAUGCUGAAGAUGGCGGGUGAUGGGAGGGCGGUUUUGGGACUUGAUCAUCCGGGGCCGGAACUGGGAGCGUCGGAGAGACGGGGGGAGAGCGAGAGGGUUGUCAUUGUUAGGUUUAAGAAGGGUGAAUCGAGGGAGGUAGACGUUGCAUCGCGGGAUAGUGUUAGUAAAUUAUAGCCUCGUGUAGAAUACACUCAUCCGAACAAUCCAUCAUCCAGAUCCAGACGACUGUAAAGUCGGGCGGAGAUCAAAUUCGGGCGGAGAUCAAAU